UGUCCCUGAGCACACGUAUUGGUUGCUUCCAGGUGCCCUACCCGCACAAAGCCAUGGCAACUAACCAGAAGCCUGGGAGGCAAAUGGUAGUUGUAGUGGGUGCUGGGCCUGUAGGCUCUUUGGCGGCUCUCUAUGCAGCUUCGCGCCAUGACGACGUGGAAAUAUACGACGUUCGCCCAGAUGAUGUUCAAUAUCCAUCUAGUCUAUCUCCAAUGUUCCGAAAAUCGAUCAACUUCACUUUGUCAGAACGCGGUCUCAGAGCAAUGCGACAGUCCAAGCACGAGUGCUUCGUCGAUGCUGUCAUGCAAACAGCCAUCCCCAUGAAUGGUAGAAUGAUACAUGGAAAGAGUGCCUCGGGAAGACUCCAGGAGACUUUUCACACGUACGAUAUUGAUGGGAACACCGUAUAUUCAGUGGAACGGAUGGCUUUAAACAAAGCUCUCCGUAAGGCACUCGACGAGACACCAAACAUCAAGAUGUAUUUCAACCACCGAUUUGUCCGCGCCGAUUUCUGUGCGCAAAAAGCUUGGUUCAAACAACAAGAACCAUCCUCACCGGAAGUAGAGGUCGACUUCGAUUUCUUAAUCGGUGCGGAUGGUGUCCAUUCUGCAGUCCGAUAUCACAUGAUGAAAUACGCCUAUACGGAUUACGAACAAAAGUAUGUUGACACCAGGUGGUGCGAACUGCGAAUACCACCUUCAGCAGAUGGCCACUUCAGCCUGUCCCCCGGUCAGGUCCAUAUCUGGCCCAGUGGGGACUUCAUGCUCGUCGCAUUUCCAUGUCCGGACAAAUCAUUUAACUGCACCUUAUUCGGCCCAUCUGCACACCUAGCUUCAAUAAAACACUCACCACCCGCCAAGCUGUUCUCGUUCUUCGACACCUACUUCCCUGGAAUCUGUCCUCGCAUGAUCUCGAGGGACUCGCUCAUGGCGCAAUUCCAUGAGAAUCCUCACCUGCCACUGGUCACAGUCAAAUGCAAUCCGCACCAUUUCGGGUCCAGCGUCAUCAUUAUCGGCGAUGCAGCACAUGCCAUCCUCCCAUUCUACGGGCAGGGUCUGAACGCAGGCAUGGAAGAUGUCCGGGUCCUCUUCAAUCUACUCGAAAAGAAGGGUGUGUAUGCCACAUCAGACCCACAGGAUCGGCGCGAGGCCCUAGCACUGGCGUUCCAGGCAUACACGGCAGAACGCGUGCACGAUGUGCAUGCUAUCCAUGAUGUAGCCAAGCGCGCCUAUUUUGAGAUCAGACAAGGGGUAAAUACACCAAUUUACAGAAUCAGAAAAUAUAUCGAGGACAGUCUGCAACGACAUGUGCCGCGACUGGGGUGGCAGACCAUGCACUCACGGAUUAGCUUUACCGAACAGCGAUAUUCUGAGAUAGUUCACACGGAUGAACGUCAGGGGAGGAUACUUGCUGCCGGUGUAGCGUUUGCUUUCUUUCUGGUUGUUCUCAUCGGUGUGGUUAUUGUCAGUUUUCUGAUCGAUAGUUUAGUGUGA